CCAUAUUUAGCCGAGGCAGGGGCCAGAAGCCCGGUUUAGGUUUUUUCAUAUGUUUAUUUAUGCAUAUAACUACGUAACUUAUGCUUCAAGUUUUGUUCUUAUAAGCAUUUUAUGUUUCUAUAAAUGGAUUUUAUAAAAAUACAGACAAUGAAAGUUGUCAAGCUAUCUUUUUGAUUCUAGUUUUUUCAUUUUAAUUAUUAAAAACAAAAACUUUUAGUGAAAAAUAUUUUUUUAUUUUCAAUACUUUGAAAAAACAUGUGUUUUGUAGAUUAAAUGAGUGAUUUAGCAGAAAUUCCUAAUAAAAAUGAAGAUACGAAGGCAAACGUUGCUUUAUUAGGAUUAACUAUAACUGGUGGGUUAGCUCUUGGGCUUACGGUGGUUUCAGCAUCAUUUGUUAGUCCUGCUUUUCGUCGAAUAUGUCUACCAUACGUUCCGGCAACUAACAAACAGAUUGAAAAUGUUUUAAAACUUUGCAAAAACAAUGGAUCAAGUAAACUUGUAGAUCUCGGAAGUGGAGAUGGGCGGAUAGUAUUUUCAGCUGCAAAACAUGGAUAUUUAGCGACAGGUUAUGAGUUAAAUUUUUGGUUAGUUUUAUAUUCCAAAAUUUAUAGUAAACUAUUUGGUUUUCAAAAAACAGCCAUAUUUAAACGUCAAGAUUUGUGGAAAGCAGAUUUAAAAUGUUUUGAUAAUAUAGUAAUAUUUGGAGUCCCAGAUAUGAUGAAUAAAUUAAGUUUAAAACUGGAGGUAGAGAUGAACUCAAACUCACGUGUUAUAGCUUGUCGUUUUCCUUUUCAAAAAUGGGUGCCUGUUGAUGAGAUAGCAGAUGGUAUUGACAGUACCUGGCUAUACACAAAAGAAAGUUUUAAAAAAGAAUCUGUGCAACAGAAGUAAUAUUAAUGCAUCUGAAUAUAUGCAAACAUCCGUUUACUACAAAUAUCAUUAUUUGGUCUUAAAGCGUGUCUGUCUCACCCUUUUUUCUAAAAAUUUUUUUAUUUUUUUAGUUGAACAAUAAUAAAAAGCUUACUAAUGACAAUCAGUAUGUCCCAAAUAGAAAUAAAUUAAAGUUUAGUAAUAAUUUAUUAAUAGUUAUCUAUUAAAAUGAAACUUUAAA